AAUGAUUCAGAAGCAUGUCAUCUGGCUAAAGCUGCAAAUAUUAUAAGAAGAGACAUUCUACAAAUACAUAACUUUUUUGACGGUACAUUUGCCCCAGAAUGUCAAAACGAUGCCAUCCCGCCUUCCCUUAAAACUUUAAUAGGCAUGAUUAUCAAAGGUCCAACUGCCAAGAUAGACGCGUUGCCGGUGGGCAGUCAGGCAUGUCUGACAAUUGCUCAGUUAAUCAUGUUCAGCAGCAUCGCACGAAGUCGAAAUGAGUCUACAGAAAAAUCUCGUCAUAUAAGAUCUAGAGAAACUCCACUACCAAUUUAUACAGCACUGAAAAUUCAUGGAGCAACGAGGGAUAGAUCUCUUGUAGAUCUAUUUUACAAGUUGGGGAUGUCUAUUUCGUACGAUCGGCUACUUUCUGUAUCUACUGAAAUUACCAAUAGUGUUAUAAAUCGGUACGAAAGGGAAGGAGUCGUAUGCCCGUCUAAACUUAAAGAGGGACUGUUCACUACUGCAGCAGUUGAUAACAUCGACCACAAUCCAAGCUCAACGAGUUCGCAUGAUUCAUUCCAUGGCACCGCAAUUUCAUUGGUCCAACACCCAACAAUGGAAGAACCAGGAAUUGAUAGAGCCGUUGACAUCUUUGACCCAACAAAAAGUUCCGUGUCGAAAAAGAUAGCCCAACUACCACCGAGUUACAGUCAAGUACCACCAAUGUACCUGCACCCCAGUGACUUUUACGCACCGGAAUCUAAAGGACAGCUGGCGAUAGAUCCUCAAGUGAUGCUAAAUAGUAGUGAACCCUAUCCUGAACAAGAUUGGCUGGAGAAUACUCUGCAACUUCUCUCUAAAGAAAAAUUGCAGAAAGAUGAUUUCGUAUCAUGUGCGGCAUAUCGUGCUUCAAAAUCCAUGUUGUCGAGUCACGAGCCAGCCAUCAUUUCACUAUUACCGAUGUUUAUAGAGAACGCCCACUCCGUCGCUAUGAUAGCACAUUCAUUGAAUGUGAUCAAAGCAGCUGUAAAUCAGGCAAUCCUACACAAAUCGCAGUUGUUGCAGUAG